AUGAGGGAAAUUACAAGAGUAAGAACUGGAUGUCUAAAUUGUCGCAAAAAGCACAAGAAAUGUGACGAGGGUAAACCUUCGUGUGGAUUGUGUGUAAAAAAUAACGAAAUUUGUGAAUGGCCCAUCAAUUAUGGUAGGUUUAAUAAAAAUUCUAUCAAAAGUAUUACAGGGAUAAGACGGGGCAGAUUGAGGCGAGAUUCAAAAGAAAGCAAUAGUGAGCAUGGAAAGGAUGAUUUAAACAACAAAGAUAGCUUGAGCAUUGAAAUUCCAAAGAACAAUUUUCCCAUUUGUUUUAAAAAUACCAAGUCGAAGAAUAUUAUUGGUGAUAGAAUGUCACACCGAGAAUCAAAUACCGACAAAGGAAUGCAGUUGGCAAAAAAGGGUUUGACUUCAGAAGUGUUAAAAGGAUCAAGAGAUCCACCAUUUUCAGAAGCAGAUGUGAAUAAUGAUGACGUUCAAUGUUGUGGAAAUGCUACAAGUGACUAUUCUCCACUCGACUCAACUGCAUUUUAUGAAAAUGAAGGAUCGAAUAAUUUAAAUGAGGGUUCCAAGAGUAAGAAUCUGCCUGUAUCAUAUACUACAAUUGCCAAUCUUCUGCCAAGAGUAAAUGAGAAAACACCUAGUAAAAUAUCGUUAAAUCUGUUAUUGAAUGUAAACGAUGCCAAAGACGGUGUUGCCAAUUUUGAUACAUCAAGAAGUGUAGAAACUCUCCGAGGGCCACCGCUGGCUAUUGAGACCAAUACUAUCCCUGCUUUAUCGCCAGAUUCAAUAAUGACUCCCUUUUUGCAUUAUAAGAAUCUUAAUAAUACAUUACGAGACUACAUGUUUACCAACGUAGUUUCUGCUCCUGAUAUGAAUAACGAUUUUACAAUAACCGCUGAAUUCAAUAACAUAUUACAUUCAUUUGACCCUAACCCUAUAGCAGGAAGAAGUCUGACAAAUUACUUAAAUGAAUCAGAUUUUGUCAACAAAGAUAGUAUGUGGAACAUAGUUCUGAAAACAGAGAAUAAAAGCAAAAUGAGUGAAAUUUUGGAUAGCUUUAAGCACGAGAAGCCAUCUUUAUCUUCCUCUGAAAAGUUGAAUUUACUAAAGAACUAUUUAUAUGAAAUUGCACCUUGGCUAGAUAUGUUUGAUAUAUCGAAACAAUUUGGAAGAAAGAUACCAGAACUUGCCCAAACUAAUAACGCGUUACUAUAUGCCUUAUAUGCGAUUUCGUCUCGCCAAAAGGAGCAAGUUACUAGUAAUUAUGAGCCUGAGCUCACCAUAAGGCUUUAUCAAGAAUCAUUGAGACAACUAAUCCCCACUGUUGAUAAAACUAUGGACAAAGCGAUGAUUAGCUCCUGUGUGAUAUUAUGUGUAUUCGAGAUGAUGUCAUCGGCACCAGAUGAGUGGAGACAUCAUUUAGAAGGAUGUUGUGCUCAGUUCAAGGCUCAUAAUAUUCAUGGUUUCAGUGACGGAUUCGAAAGAGCUUUAUUUUGGUGUUACGCAAGGAUGGAUGUCAAUUCUGCUGUCAUUGCUGAGCAAUCUACCAUAUGUGAAUCAGAGUACUGGAUAGGAAGAGAUAUUUCAAUCGGUGAGCUGAAAGAGCAGUUUUUGAGAAUGAACUCUGAAGAUAUGUACUCCAAUUACAUCGUUUUCUUGUGCGGAAGAGUUUUGAACUUGAUAGCUAAGGAAACCAAAUCUUUUGAGGAGGAAUGGCAAAUUUUGUGGAAUGAAGUUAUUGAUUGGUAUAUUAACCGUCCAGUUCAGUUGAGACCCAUUCUUGAAUAUGAAGAGAAACCAUUUCCAGGUAUUCUCUUCUUAAAUGGGCCUGCAAUUUCGGCAAAUCAGCUAUAUCAUAUGUCUAUCAUACUAUUGAUUCAGAAUAAGCCCAGAGGUUACAAAAUAAUUCCUUCGUAUGGCGUAAAAUCUACGAUAUGGCAUGCAAAGCAGAUAUGUGCAAUAAGUAUACACAACCACAAUCACGGCUGUUGGAAUAACGCCGUCCAGCCCUUGUGGAUUGCAGGAAAACUAUUAAGUAGUGAUGAAGAACAUGAAACGAUAUUAAACCUCUUGAAUGAGAUAGAAACUACAACUGGAUGGCAGAUGACACUCAGGGCAAAAGAUUUGAAAAGUUAUUGGGAUGGUACCAUUGCUUACUAA